AUGAUUAGGAAGGCCUCGCACCCGUGCAUUGCGCGUCCAGAUUCGUUCUACAUGUGCGUCAUGGCUUCGGACGUUACUGAGCCCGAAGAAGCGUCGAUGCUGGAGCGGCGAGUGGCACCCUGGCCAAACUUGUCGCUGCAGUUGGGAGGCUCUGACGCGGUGCGUAAAGCGGGCUUGGAGGGCUCGAAGAUUCAAGGUGCCGUUAUUGAUUUCGAGAUUGCACGAAGGGCGAAUUUCUUCAUCGGAAGCGACGGUGUUUCCACGUUUAAGAUGGCCAUAAUAACAUCCCGGAAGUGUGCUGGGAUCCCGUGCAGUUUUCAUUAUGGUAGACAUGGGGGCAUCCGAGUAGCAGAUUUUAGCACCUAUACAGGACACAAGGGGCCGAAAGAGCAUUGGCAUAUCUGA